AUGAUCUACGAAAGGCAGAUGCUGCAGCUAAGGAUCUUGAAAGUGUUGGAGGACUGGUGGGAGCCGUCCUGGCCCUCCAACUGGAGGCUUCUUCCUAUAACGCUUGGUCAGGUUUUUCAACGAAUUGAUAUCCUGAGCAAGGAUUUUGAUAAUAUAGUGGAGCUUCCGGGUGCUCCAUGGCUUCCACCUGUCGAAGUAACAGCCACAUUAGCUCAUAAAUUUGAACUCAUAGGAUCUUCAAAGAUAAAAAUAAAUUUUGAAAAAACUACUGUGAAGGCAACUGGGAACCUGUCGCAAUUGCCACCAUUUGAGAUACCUCGAAUUCCAGAUCAAUUUAGGCCUCCAUCUAACACUGGAAGUGGAUUUGAAGUGACGUAUCUUGAUUCAGAUACCCGCGUUACUAGAGGAGAUAGAGGUGAGCUAAGGGUCUUGGUGAUCUCAUGAUUUCCUGGAAUGUACACCGGGCCUGCUAAACUUGGGGAACCUUUUACUCUUUAAUAUUGACGAUGUUAAUCAUUUGAUCGAUUUUUCGUAUUCUUGCUUUCGAUUCUUACAUUUUGUAAAAUAGACAUACUUGUAUACUAAAUCCGAGUAAAAUGUAUCUUCAAGGAUGUUAUGUUC